AUAUAUGAUACGUAUUUUGUGUAUAUUAUAUAUUGAUGAUAUAUAUAUAUAUAUGUACAUAUAUUAUAACGGUUUAAUCGCGAAAUAAAAACGAUAGUUAACCGAAAAGACAUUAAAGUAAGUGUAAAGGAAAAAAAGUUGUAACCUCGAAGGAAGGAAGUUCGAAAAGGAUUCUUCUUUUUUUUCUUUUUUCUUCAUGGCCAUCAUGAUCACCGACAGAAUCGUACACAUAUCAACGUGGGAGAUAAUCAAGUUACACUUCUUAUCCUUCGUCUAUGGUCUCUAUAUGAUAGUAAAAAGACUCUUGAAAUGGGCCUGGGAUCCAAAAAAGUUUUUCGUACUGGAACAAAGAGACAAACCACCGCCAUGCCUCGUCGACAACAAUCUUGGUACUCAUUCUUACGUGAAAAUCAAGGGUGUAAAAUUCCAUUAUGUGGAAGCAGGAGACAUAGGGAAACCUCUUCUCUUACUGUUGCAUGGUUUUCCUGAUUGCUGGUUAUCUUGGAGAGAACAAAUACCAGCUUUAGCAGAAUAUUAUAGGGUAGUGGCUAUUGAUUUGAAAGGUUUUGGUGAUAGCGACAAACCAUCUAACAAACGUUACUAUAAGAUUGAAAUUAUAAUAGAUGAAUUAAAACAGUUUAUCUCAACUUUUGAUGCAAGAACGUGCAGUAUAAUUGGUCAUGAUUUGGGUGGUCUUCUGGGAUGGUACAUGAUUGCCUUACAUGCAGAUAUAAUAUGUAAAUUUAUAGCUAUUUCCAGUCCACAUCCUAAUUUGUAUUGGAAUAAAAUAUCCAAAAAUGCUGUGUUCGAUGAAAAAUGGGUGCAUUUUAGCAGAUUACCAAUUUUACCAGAAAUAGAUGCAUUGAAAGAAGAUCUAUCAAUUAUUAAUGAUACAUUCAAACAUCUUGAAGUAAAUAAUACAAACAAUGAAAAAAAUUAUGUAGAAGCAUAUAAAUAUAGCUUUAGCAGAAAAGACUGGACUGGAGCAAUAAAUUAUUACCGCAAUCUUCCUUUUACAAGAUUAAAUAUGAAUGUAAGCGAGCAACUUUUUACAAGAACAUUACUGAUAGUUGGUAAUGAAGACCCAUCUGUAACGAUCGAAAGUAUAGUUCAGAGUUCAGAAUAUGUGGAAAAAUUUAGUGUAAAAGUAAUAACUGGAGCACAUCAUUUCCCACAUCAAGAAAAUCCAGAUGCUGUGAACAAGGCAAUUAUUAAAUUCUUGAUAGGCACUUUAAAUAAUUUAGAAAAAAGUCCAUCUAAAAGCAGAAUGUCAUCUUGGUUAGAUUCAUUAAGUAGUACUGUUAAAUAUGGAAAUCAAAUUGUUGGUGCUGUACACAAAAGAACAAAUGGAGUAGUCAACGUUUUGCCCAAUAAAAUACUUUACUUAGGUAACUCUACAAAUUAAAUAAGUAAUAUUGUACCUAUAUAUAAAAAUUAUAUUAGCAAUGUUACAUGUUUUAAUAUUCAUGUAUCAUAGUUAACAAAAGGCUGACUUAAUCAUAUUUAUUAUUUUUAUAUGGAAUGUAUACAUUCAUUUCAUGAAACAAAUCUUAUGAAAUGACUAUUAGCAAAUGUUGUAAAAAUAUUAUUAAUUUUUGUUUACUUAUGAUUUGUAUAUAUAAUUAUGUAAAGAUCUGUCUUAGCUAGCAU